AUGUGGCUGUUGAUGGGGAAAGAUCAAGAGGAAGAAGCUGGAAUACUUUGGGCACUUUUGAAGGGGAGAUGGAGACCAUCUGGAGAGGAGGAUGCUGCAGGAAUGAGUGCCAGGACAGAGAUAAAAGUGAGCGGAAAGGAAAUGGAGGCUGAACAACAUCAAAGAGGCCACUCUACUCCAGAAUUGAGCAAGUCGCUGUGCACUCACUCUGGCAGAGAUACAAGUUGGACAGUUAGCAAUUCUGAGUGGGUAAGUAAUCCAACAAGAUCCCACAGCAAACAUCUCUUGGGUGGCUGGACCAAUAAUGAAAGAAAGCAGAGACGGCAUUUCAGCUGGGUGUACAACCAAAUCUGCAAUAUCUCUGAGGUCUGCCUCUGUGGAGUUCUUUUGAAAAACUGUGAAAGAGAAUGUGAACAAGGCAUGGAUAGCCUGGUUCUGGGUGUGCAAAGCUGUGGCUUCCCCUCCUAUGGACGCCUUCUGAACAGGAGAUCUGACUUCCUCCCCAAACCAAGGCAUCCUGAAAACAUUCAAACAGAGGAAGCAUUUUUUCACCAUGACAUAGGAAAGGGCCACAGAGAUCCAAGUGGAAACGGACAUUUCAUGUGAGUGACUAUUUCUGCCUCAGCUUGGCUUCUUGCCUAAUUCAACAGACACUUAGGUGGCUGAGGAGGGAAAUUUUUGUUAAAAUGAACCCAGCUCUGAGUUGGACAUGGAGCCUCUUGACUAGUGGCCGAGUUCCUUGUGCUAGCUUGGCAAAAUUAGCAAAUUUUUCUUUUAGUUGUUGUUAGGUUUUGAAAAUACUUCAUUUCCUGGCCACAGUUAUCUUUCUGUAGUAGAUAAAGGGACAGAUCUCUUCCAUCUCCACCAUAUAACACUUCUAUCAUCUUAGAAACUAUUUUCUCAACCAGGCAGGAUCCCCUGAGGACUCACUCUCACUCUCCAUGGCUUCUUGACAGCUGGCUUACAACCAAGUGGUCUCCAAAAACUCCCUUUUUCUGAUUGUGUAUGUCAGUGGAAGUCUGUUUGCUGUCAUCAGAAAGUUCAUCUUACAUGUAUGACCA